AUGGGCGGCGCCACCAGGCUAUUCACUCUCCUCACCUCCACGACCUCUUCCUCCCUGCUUCUCCUCCCUCACCACCGCCAAUGCCCGGCUCUUCUCCGCCUUGCCUGCCGCCACCGCCGCCGUCAGCUCUCCUUCUCUUCCAUCCCUCACCGCAUCCGCUGCAGUCACAACCUUCAAUCCUCGACUCCGUCUCUUCCUCCCUCCUUCCGAGCUAAAUCCUCGCGCCAAUUUUACGCUCAGGCCACCUUUGCCGGUCAAUCGUCCAAUUCAUCACAUCAGCCGCCUCCGGCCUUCCAUCAGUGGCCGGAAUGGUCCAAUUUCCUCCAAAAUAUCUCUGCUUUGCGGUAUUUUAAUCGCCAGGUGAUUGACUCGGAAAUUGAAGAGUUCGUGGACCCGACGAAUUUGCCUGAUGAGUUCGUGAGAACUACCAUUGCUUGCUUGGCUUUCGGGCGUGACAGGCCUGAGAUUUUGGGGCUGCUGUCCAUUGCGACGGCAAUUACCAACGGCAUGCCUCUUUUGCUGUUCAAAAAUGGUGAGGAGCUGGUCAGAAGAAUGCAGCUGUUUCUGGAUGGACAGAGCAGAAACGUGCCUAGCACGGAUAGAGCGCAGACAGUUGAUUUGAUGAAGAUCUUAGCGACUUAUGCUGGCAAUGUUAUGCUUUUUGGGAACAUGAACAUAGAUAGCAAGCAAGAGGUUGAGUUAUCUGUUCGUAACAUAUUGGGUCAGUUGUCCCAGUUCAGCUAUAACAGCAUUCCUAGUUUUCAACCAUCUCCAGCUGUGCGAAAUCAGUUCUUAGAGAGAAAUGUUCCAGGACCAAGUCCGGUUGGACCAAAUGUUGAGAUGAAGAAAGGUGACUGGAUUUGUUCAAGGUGUAAUUUUAUGAACUUUGCAAGGAACAUCAAGUGUCUUGAUUGUGAAGAAGCACGCCCGAAGAGACAGCUUACUGGGGGAGAGUGGGAGUGUCCUGAAUGUGAUUACUUCAAUUAUGGGAGGAAUAUGGUGUGCAUAAGGUGUGACUGCAAGCGCCCCGGAGAAGUAUCACUAAGGACCAUGGGGUCUGGACCAGGUCUCGAGUCUGGAUAUGGAACCCAAUCAAAUGGCGGUGAUAUUGAUAACCGUUUGGCUGCCAAUGAAGAGAAGGCACAGCGGUGGUUUAGUAGGAUGUCUCAGAUGGACAAUAGUUCAGACAUCAACAGUGCUAUACCGGAUGAAGAUCUCCCUGAAAUCAUGCCCUUGAGAAAAGGAGGCAAUAUGUUUAAUGUAAGCACAUGGAAGACUCCUCUUGAGAGAAGGCUGAGCAAUGCUCAAAACCAAAAAGCCUCGGGGAAUGAUAGCAACAGGCUUCAACCUACAGAUAACUUUAGGCCCCCUGCUUCAAGCACUGUUGAGCAGAGUGUGUUCGAGGACAAACAAGGUGAUAAUUCUGAUAGCUGGUUCAAGAAAGUUGCAGAGCUACAUAAUGUGGCAGACGUGGAUAGUGCGUUGGCAGAUGAUGAUUUCCCUGACAUCAUGCCAAUGCGCAAGGGCGAAAACAGAUUUGUAGUUCCGAAGAAGAAAGAUCGGUCUCUCACUUCUCCCCUGUACAAGAGACGCGCUGCCAUGGAGCAAGCAAACGAUACAAAUUAUGUACCUUUCGUGCCCUUCCCUCCCAACUACUUUGCCAAGAAGGUUGAUCAACAACAGGAAAGCGGGCAGGGUCAGCGAACAAGGCAAUUGAAACUCCCAAUUCUUCCACGCCAGAGAGUUCGGCUAGCUAUCCCGGGCCUGGAUUUUCGAAUGCAGCAAGGGUUCCUGGUUUAA